AACCAUUUCGAAGACUCAUAUCAAUUGACAUCACACCUUCAUCCCUCAGUAGUAUUCCAUUUUGAUUCUCUCACCCCAUCAGCACCCACUACAGAUUCUUUUCUCCUUCCUCGUUUUCGAAUCUAGAGGACCACGGAUUGCACAAGUUUCUGCAGAUUGGUUUUGUUGUCAUAUGGGGAUUUCCUUUUCAUGUCCAUUUGCCAAGUACAGUGAUGUGGAAGAUGGCUUAGACUCUGUGGUUGUAAAAUCCAUCAACUUUGGCAGUGAUGAAGUCAGAACUCCAGUGCGAUCGGUUAGUUUUAAAAAUCAAGAUUUAGAACCCACUAUCCUUAAAUCUCUAGGCUCUGGAAAAAUGACAAUAGAGGCAUCUGUGAGCUUCAAAAGAAAAGAUGUGGAGGAAGACAUGUCUAUCUCAAGGACUUGCAAAAAGAGCAAAGAAAUGGAUGAUCUGUCUUUUAAGUCGGAGUGUCAAGUGGAAACCAUUCAAUCGGCACUUUUGAAUCCAAACAGUCCCAAACACAUUGCUGCACUUAAAUUGCAGAAAGUGUACAAGAGUUUUCGCACAAGAAGAAAGCUAGCAGAUUGUGCAAUUCUUGUUGAACAGAGCUGGUGGAAGCUCUUAGAUUUUGCUGAACUCAAACGUAGCUCUAUAUCAUUCUUUGAGAUUGAGAAACAUGAAACUGCUGUUUCUCGUUGGUCUAGAGCUAGAACUAGAGCUGCCAAGGUUGGAAAAGGUUUAUCAAAAGAUGAUAAAGCUCAAAAGCUUGCUUUGCAGCACUGGCUUGAAGCGAUUGACCCUCGCCAUCGCUAUGGACAUAAUCUACACUUUUAUUAUGACAAAUGGCUUCAGUGUCAGAGCAGAGAGCCCUUCUUCUACUGGCUAGAUAUAGGAGAAGGAAAGGAAGUAAAUCUUGAGAAGUGCUCUCGUUCUAAACUUCAACAGCAGUGUAUUAAAUAUCUGGGUCCGAUGGAAAGGUUGGCUUAUGAAGUUGUUGUGGAGGGUGGGAAGUUCUUCUACAAGCAGUCAGGAGAACUCCUCCACACAACAGAAGAAGAUGCACAUGCCAAGUGGAUUUUUGUCCUUAGCACAUCUAAGUCAUUGUAUGUUGGCAAGAAGACAAAAGGUUCAUUUCAGCACUCUAGCUUCUUGGCUGGAGGAGCUACAUCUUCUGCUGGGAGAUUAGUGGUUGAACAUGGUGUCUUGAAGGCUGUUUGGCCUCACAGUGGUCAUUAUCGUCCGACAGAAGAAAAUUUUAAGGAAUUUAUUUCCUUCCUUCAGGAGAACAAAGUGAGCCUUUCCGAUGUCAAGAUGGCUCCAGUUGAUGAGGUUGAUGAAUUACGUUCAUUGAGAAGCAGUGGUCAUCUUAGAAGCCACUCAUCUGAAGAGGACUUCAGUGAGAACAUAAAUGGCCUGGAGACUGAUGAAACCAUUGUCCAAGACUCAGUUGUAGAGAAGGCCAAUUUGAUAGAAACAGAUAGAGCUUCUGCAUUUAUGGCACCUAAAACAAGGCAAUUCCAGAUGCAUGGAAGAGAACUGAGCAAACUUGAAAUACCAAAAAGGGGUCAAGUGUUUGAAGCACUAGAAAAUGAAAAAGGAGGUGGUGUGCAAAGUUGUGUGAGUCUCCAAAUGGAAUCUCAUACAGGUGGUCAAGAAACUUUUGUAUCAGAGCAAGAUCACACAACUUCAAAGAAAGACUUAUCUGAUGAUAAUGAUGUAGGAACCAUUCCACAAGAGUCAAUAUUUAAAAGAAUAAACUCACAUAAAGAAAUGAAAUCAUAUCAACUGGGGAAGCAGUUGUCUUGCAAAUGGACAACUGGAGCGGGACCACGCAUUGGCUGUGUUAGGGACUACCCUUGUGAGCUUCAGUUUCGAGCUUUGGAGCAAGUUAAUCUCUCUCCAAGAAGCAGAUCCCGCUCUAAAUCAUCCUUUGCUCCAAGAACCACCACUUCCUUAAGCACUAGUCUUUCAACUGGAGCAAGCUUAUAUGGGGACACAACAACUGAGCCACAACUUGAAAAUAAAAACACGCCUCAAAGUCAAAGAGGUGAGUCCAAUGCAAGCUCACAAUUCUCCCCAUUGAUCAGAGGAACAUCAGUGAUACCAGUUAUUCAUAUGUCAUGAGUGAAUAGGAUUCCACAUUGAUUUAUUCUUUUGUGUGAAUAGGUAACAAAAAUAUGAAUUUUUAUUAUUCUUUUCAUUAAUUAAAUUAUCAUAGGCAUUCUUUUUUCACUCAUGUAUAUUAGUAUUAUUAUAGAGUCAAAAUUGUAACAUUAUUUUAGGAUCUAUAUGUUCUCCCAAUACAUAGAAAACAUGUGAUCUUCCACCAUGGAACAGAU